GUGGUACGGCCGGUGUAAUCACAUCGCAUCGAACGCUCGGUAGUUAAGGAACGAUUCCGGCUUGCAGGCAGAACAAAGGUGAACACACGAAACAUUUUGCAAAUCAACUAUCAAACGAAAAAAUCACCAUGAAACCGGCAAUCAACCGUUUAGUGUUUGUGGCAUUAGUGGUGUUUGUUUGCUUAGCAUCCGUUUCGCAAGCGUAUGUCUAUAUCAUUCCCAACGCGAAAAGUCCAGAUCAAGAAGGUCACUGCUAUGAUGAAACACUAAAGAUAUCGGUUCCCGUUAAUGAAGUCCGACAGCGUCCGGAGCGGUGUGAAACGAUGAGCUGCGGUGAUGAUUAUUCGCUGCAAGUUGCCGGUUGCGGUGUAAUUGCAGCGGGCCCCGGAAUGACCAUCACUAAGACGAAUUAUUCGAAACCGUACCCAGACUGCUGCCCGCACGUAGCAAUGAGUGCGGAGAAUGUAGUAUGAAAAAUAUACCGAUUGUUAUAAAGAAACGUUUUGUCACAGAUUCAAGAAUCAAGAGACAGAUGUGAGAACAAAAUAUAUAACUCUUAGUUGCACAACACAGAA